AUGUAUGAUUCAUGUACGAAGCAUCGCCCUGUAACUUUGAAGGCGUGUGCCGGCGGCGGCCAUCCGGGCCAGUGGGGCAGCGCUGGACGACCCAAGCCCCGAAGCCACUGCGAUUCCUCUCCUAAGCCCUGCCCCACCGCCAGCGCCCUGCCAGCCCUGACCCCAGGAGAGAGUCGGUCCUUCACGGCCGCCAACGUAGGGUAG